GAUGUUAUUUUUAAGAAUAUGAGUAUGUAGACAGAAGCGAUAGGCAUUGAAUUAGCAGAUGCGCCGUAAUCGCGCGAAAUUCGAAACAGCCAUGAAUCGCUGCAGUUUCAAUCAGUCCUUUCACAAACACAGCCAGCCGCAAUGGGGUUGAGUUAACCCUCUGGGCCACAAAAAAAAGAAAAAAAAAGAAAAAAAUGUAUCACUUCUCUCGGCCAAAAAUUAAAAUUACCAAGUGACAUGAAAAAGUCGGACCUUUAAAAUUUUCUCAACCUCGAUCGAAAUUCUCAGUCUGUAUGCGCGCCUCUCAAAGCAAAUUGGCGCGAGCAAAUUUCAAUGUAAAAAUGUCAACACUGAGUGCACUGCCCAUACCGGAUUACUGCCAAGUGGAGCACUACUACGGCGUGACGGCCUACUGGUUCGCCAGCAAUUUCACCCAAAGCAGAUAUCCCAACAACCAAGAAUCGAGCCAGGCCUGUACCCUGAUAUGCCUGUUGGUAUCCUCGGGAGUGGCUCAGGCGAAGCUCCAUAUCGGGCCCGAGUCCUACAACGACCUACUGACCCAAGUCAUUGCCGAGUCGAUAAUCAGCGGCAAUCGAGCCUACGAUCGCAUCAUGUGCAGACGCCUGGUCAAGCACCAUCACCUCAGUGUCACCGACGCCCUCAAGUACUGCUGUCCCGAGCUCUGCCACAUGAGAGAAUGGAAGUGGAACGUCUAUCACGACAAUUUCGAGGAACAGUUGGUCGUCAACAUGAAUUGGUUCCUCGAGCAGUGGGAUAGACUCGACUGGCAGCCCGAUUAUCUGUUUAUGGUGCUCAUUUCCAAUGGUCGAACUGUACUCUUCAUUUUCCCCAAGGCUACCAAAUCGGCAAUUUUUUUCGAUUCCCACGGUCAUCCAGAUCCAAACGGUAGUCACAGUAACAGUGGCAGAGGCAUCGUUGUAGCUCAAACGGCGAGACAGAAUUUGGAAAUACUCGUAGAGUGGUUCAUUUUCAAAGUCAUCAGGCCUUAUACAAAUGCCAAUCCAGUAAACUAUGAAUUAGCUUGCCUGUAUUAUACGAGAAAAUCUAGCUGCGAGAGGUCUUGCCAUCACGAUUGUUCCUGUUCACAUUGACGUAGUCGUGCUUGAGGAAAAAAAAAUGUAAAUACGUUUUGCUGAUACUACAUCUUCUGAAUUAAAUAUCAAUUGUAAUUAGGUUUUCAUUAGUGAUAAUACAUUUAUAAUAGAGAAGGGAAUAAAAAAUGUCGAUUGUCAGUAAAUGUACUUUAUUUGAAACAUUCAUACUGAUAUUAUUUUUUCUAGAAUUUUUUCGAUUAAAUGUAACGAUAUUUUCUUAUUUACAGUAUUUACAAUCGUCCCCUAUCGAACCGAACCAUUUUAAUAUUAUUUAUAAAUAUAUAUUGUUUUUAAUUUUCGAUAUUUAAAAGAAUAAAACAGGAUUGAAACAAUGU